AUGGGCGCCGGCGCCGGCGCUGGAGCCCGCGCCCGCGAGUACCUCGCGGAGGAUGAUGCCCUGCGGCGCGUCAUCAAGGAGGACUUGCCCUGGGCGGAGGAGCUGCUCAGCCGUGCUGAGCGGCUUGUUGCAGACGCUAAAGCUGAAGGAGAUGGAUCGAAGGAGGAUCCUAAGAACGAGGAGCAUGAAAACAAUGAGGCGCCUGCAAAGAAUAAGAACAUCGAGUUGAACGUCUACGGCUUGGGUGGGUUGACGGAUGGCUUGAAGUUUCACCUUGCAGUUGAACCUGCUGAGACAGUGGCAAUGUGCUAG